UAGUACACGUCACUGUGUCACGUGUCUGUCCGGCGGCUCUGCACGGAGCAGGAUUCGAGCCUCGGCCGUGUGUUUACUGUAACCGAGCACCGGUUCAAUGCGGCGGUAGGUGACAGCUCUGGAGAUGGAGGAGGUGGAGGUGAAGGAGCAGAUGUGAGAGUUGAUGGAAGCCAUUAGGGAAGAUCUCGACGCUGUGUUACAACGCUAACAGUGUUAGCCGUGUGAGCUAGCGACGCGGCCGGUAGCAGCAGCAGGAGGAGGAGGAGGAGGUUGUUGAUCUUUUCCCUGGUCCUGUUAUACAGUGACAGUGUUGUGCCGUGUCUACCAGGAAGAAGCCAUUAAACAUGAUGAAGAAGAAGAAGUUCAAGUUUAAAGUGGAUUUUGAGCUGGACGAGCUGUCUUCGGUGCCGUUCGUGAACGGGGUCCUUUUUUGUAAAAUCCGGUUGCUGGACGGCGGUUUCUCCGAGGAGUCAUCCCGAGAAACGGUCCAGGCGAACUGUGUGCGCUGGAGAACCCGGUUCUCGUUUCCAUGUAAAAUGAGUGCCAGUGCCGGAACAGGAGUUCUCGAUCCUUGCAUAUGUCGUGUUUCUGUCAGAAAGGAAAUGAAAGGUGGGAAGACGUAUGCAAAGCUGGGCUUUGCUGAUCUAAACUUGGCUGAGUUUGCAGGUUCGGGGAGCACCACACGUCGAUGUUUACUGGAGGGAUAUGACACCAGGAACACCAGACAGGACAAUUCCAUUCUCAAGGUGAUCAUCUGUACUCAUCUAAUGUCUGGAGACCCCUGUUUCAAAACGCCUCCAUCCACUGCCACAGUGAUUGGGAUCCAGGGAGAUGGAGUGAGUCUGCUGGAAGAGCGAAGAGGUGGAGACACACAGAAUCCCUACCUGGGGCUCUCAGAAACCACAGGCAAGUGUGUCUCUCUGCCAGAGGAGCUGGGAAUCUGUGGUCAUUCUCGAACCUCCAGCUAUGCUAGUCAGCAGUCUAAAGUAUCAGGCUACAGCACCGGCCACUCUCGUUCAUCCAGCCUAUCAGAGUUCACCCAUAGGAGGAACACAUCAAUUGGUAGCACAUCCACAGGCAUCGCUAGCAUCCCAGAGCCCAGUGAGGAGAGCCUGAGUUCCACAGCACCUGCUGCUGCUUCUGCCCUUGGAGCCUGUAGUGCAUCGUCAGUAAACCCUGCUACACCAGACCGAACUUCCAGCAGGCACCCGAUGAAGCAGGACUCGAUGGAAUCUCAGCUAAAGCGGGUGGAUGCCACUAGGGUUGAUGCUGAUGAUGUAGUGGAGAAAAUCCUACAGAGCCAAGACUUCACUCCUGGCAUAUUUGACUCGAGCAAUGAAGAGGAGGGUCUUCGUUUAUUUGUGGGUCCUGGAGGAAGCACAGCAUUCGGGAGCCAUCAUCUACCCACCAGGGUUGGUGGUGGUGCCUACGAACAAGUGGUAAUCAAGCGCUAGCGGUAAAGGGUGUGGAAGGUGCCAAGUAGAGAGGUUACACAAACCAAAGUACAGAAGAGAGUGAGGUCUCUCCAAGCUCCCUGCCAUCCCAGCAGUGUGAUUCCUUCGACCUUCCCAUUCACUCACUGCUGCUGGGGUCUGGGAAUUUGCAAAGAGAAGCCUCUGCCAUCAUUAUGGAGGCAUGGGCUCCUCUGAAUCGCAGGAUAACUGCACUUUUUUCCCAACUCUGCUUUCCUCUUUAUCUCAUCUAUAAAACAUCUGACAAAGGCAGGAAACUAGUCUUACAUUUUGGAAGAAAAAAUAAUCCAGAAAGGUUUUUGCUGCGUUGGCAGUUUUGUUCCAGUGUUUCGUCAGCUGUGUGGUGAAGAUUUUAGCUCUUCAUAAGAUUGUGUAUUCAGAGGAAUUGGUUCACAUAUUGAAAGUGGCCGUAUUCAGUCGAGUCAUGCAUCAGCAGCUCAGUAUUUGUGUGUAGGUGAGAACCACGUGUAAUCCUGCAGCGUUUCGCUGAAGGUCACAUCACCAUGGCGUACCGCUUGCUUCGGCUGAUCUCAUUACACAGAAGAGCUGACUUUAGCACAGACAAUUACUUACACUCACUAGACGAAGUGUCACUUCUACAUUCAAAUAAAUGAGUAAUAAAUUCUGAAAGCACUUAAUAGAAUAAUAGUUAAAAUAGUUGUUGGUCCUUGUAGUCUAUUUCCUGUCAGAUUUUUACAAUUGUUUGUUAGAACUGGUCUGUUUUCAACUGUUGUUUGUGUGUGUCUGUGUGCAGUUCAGUCCGAGUCAAAAUGUCAAACAAUUGUUGUGCAUUUGGCUGUGCGGCCAUUUCAAGUGGUGUCUCACUCCUUCAGCACAGCACACAUGGGGCCAAAGUCAAGCUACUCAGAAACUGCCAUUAUUAAUAGCUGGACUGUGUAAUAAAGCAGUUUGACCUUUCAGUCAUAAUUGCACUAUGUACACAUCAUAGCUAAUUAGCUCCUUUAUUGAGCACAGAGCAUAUGAUUUAAGAGCCAAAGGGCAGGAAUUCACAUUUUUAUUAUAGUGAAUUAUUGCCUUUGUAGCUGUGAAAGCAGUGUUUUUUUGUAGGUUUGAUUUUCCCUUGAGUUGCUACAGAGAUGUAGUCUGAUAUCGACCCUCUUUACUUUGACUUGUACUGCGUACACUUCUCGCUGUUGUCUUCUUUAUUUUUUAUAUAUACAGUAUAGAUCACACAACACUACAAAUGUCUAUUGGUGUGUGCCGAGUUUCUUGAUUUUUUUUUUUGAGAUAUCUUGUUUCUCAUGAGGGAUUGUUUGAGUAUUUUGAUGUCUUUUUGUUUGGCGUGCUGUCUGCUAGUCUAGCCAUGAACCAGGUUCUCAUUGGUUUUAUGUGCCACUACAAAAGCCAUGUUUUACAAAGUGAGCCCACUUUUCUCUUCUUGGUUCUGUAAUGGAGCGAGUGUGUGUUACUGUGUACAUAGCAUUAUAUUUUGCUAGCUCAUUGGUGUAUCUAAACUCUCACCCUAGGAAAUAAGUAUGUAGGGUUUGAUUUAACUACCAAAGUCUAUUACUUCUUAUGAAUAUGCCUUCAGUGUAUCAAUGCCUGUAAUAACUGAUUAUAUUGUUUCUUAAAUGAUGUAAUAACAGUGCCAUUCUAUGAGAAGCCUGGAGAUUUAGGCCAGGGCCGAACACUACUGCAAAACAUCAGUGUUGUUUCUCACAGCUCGGACCACCAGGUUUCCACAGUGCAGUGUUUCAUACAUUAUAUGUUUACAGAGUACCAUUACAGAAUCCCUAAAUAUUUCAAUAGUUUGCAUUCAGUGUGUAGGUACCUUGUUUUAUAGUAAACACCAUGGUGUUUUUAUCUCUUCUGUGAAGCUUUUGCGCCUCGUACAGUGUCUGAUGUAAUGACUGUCAGAUGACAAUGUUUACUGUUCUGCAUUGCUGUUGUGAUGUUUAACUCCUUUUAACCAGUGCUGAUUACAUGUACCGCACACUGUUCAAUAAACACAGUACAUAAAAACAA